AUGGACAAAGCCUAUUUCCUGGAAGACACAACUUCUAAGCAACAGGAGGAUUUGCCUUAUGAUGAGGGUUUCUUCCAAGUUAAGAUAUACCAUGGUUAUAAUCUUACCUCAAGACAUGACAUCCUUGAUGUCUCAAAUCAAACGAAUUUAGCAGAAGAUGAGUCUCAAGAAAAGGCUACAUAUAGAGAGACUUGCCAAGAGGCAGAUAUGACCAUGAUUUUGGAUAAAACGACUGAAAAUGCUGUCAGUGAAACAUGUGAUAAAGAGAAUCAGUGCACCAUAAAUCUUCCUAUUCCAGCUAAUCAGGAAGACACUUCAAAGUCAAACAUUUCUGAUAUUUUACUCCAUCACCUUUGCAAAGAAGAAUUCUCCAAAGAUCAAGGCAUUAAUUGUGAAACUCUCCCAGAGAUCUCUAAUAAUGACAGUUUUGAUGAGACUAUUAUUAAAAAUAUUAUUGUGUGGCAUGUUAAGAAUUCUUGGCCGACAGAACAAUCCUCAGAACUCACUGACCAACUCAACUCUGAAAGCGAUGAUAAAAAUAGCAAUAAGCCCAGUUGUUCUCUGACCGUGACAGAAGAAAACACUUCUGAUUCAGAUGAGUUAGUGGCUGCUGGAGAAAGCAGCCAGGAGGAAAAUUCAAAUUUUCUAUCUAAAAUCAAGAGUCUAUGUGAUAAACAAAAAAGUUGCCUAUGGCAGACACCACAUAAUCAGGCUGAAAAAGCAAACUCUGGCAACAAGUUCAAAUAUGGCCAUAGUCAAAUUUAUUACUGGUUCUCUAAUUUCUCUAAGGUUGCUCCCAAAGUGAAAAUUCCUAAAAAUUACAUAAUUGACAAACCACUUAUAACAGAUCCACAAGCCAGCUUUUCUCCUGAAUUGAGAGAUAAGUCAUCUGUUGGGCAAGAUAUUUCAGAAAGCACAUCUAGAUCAAAUUAUGUUGAAAAACAAGAGCAGAGGUGGGAAACUACUGAACCUUCACAACUGGUAGAGAUGGAACCCACAGUACAUAUCCACCAAGAACAUCUCACAGGAAUAGAAUCUGAGCCCGGUCUCUCUAAGCUGCCAUCGACUUCUCAGGAAGACCCUUCCUUGAGUUCUUCUUACAUAUUUCAAAAGAUAUCUCAGGGGAAGCAGAUGUGUCAGAAGUUAAAAGAACAGACUGAUCAACUGAAGGCUAAAGUACAAGAAUUUUCCAAAUGCCUAGCACAGGAGUCUCCCUAUCAUUUUCAACACAGAAGGCUGGUCCUGGAGAAACUGCAGGAACGCCUCAAACUGCUGGAGCAGGAGUUUCUGGCCAACAAGGAGAAAUACCUGGCAUUGAAGGAGCAAGUCCCCAGGCACAAAUGCCCAGCCGCCAAGGACUUUGAUCCAGAAAGAAAAGUAGACAGUGAAAUCUUCAAGUUGGAGACGCUACUUAAAGAUUUUAAAGAGAAAAUUAAUAAAAGCAAAUGUACUUCAGCUGUCUCUCUUCCCAUGAAUUCUCCAAUCAACCUGGAUGACUUGUCAUUCACAUCCUCUCCACCCUUAUAUGAGGAGGAGCCCAGCACCGCCUCGGGGAGGCAGGACCGUGCAGAGACGACCAGUGCAAGCUGUGCCUUCUGCCUCCGCGUACUUCAGUGGGAGCAAAAAAUGGAGAAAAAAGAUCACAGAGGAAUUGACUGUGAAAGGUUUCCUAUUGCCAUUCAAGACAAGAUGCUGCACCCAGACUCAGUUCUCGGUUCUGAUACAGGAUACAGCUGCUGUUCUGCAUCUCAGAUUGGACUGCAGAGUAGUAAGUGUGAGAACUGUGGCACUAAGAUUCAUAACUCCCAGAGAGUCUGCAGUAAAGAACCACCUAAAGAAUUUCAUUAUAGAUACAACACCCCAGGACAGAAUUUCUUUAAUCAUACGGAAAGAAGUGCCUUUGCUCGGCUCCGCUAUUUAAAUGAAAAUAAUUCUUCACCUAUAUUAAUGUGCUUUCGCCUUUCUUACAGGUCAGACCUUGCUACACUCUCACCCCAUUCCCACUCCUGCAGGAUUUCUGAAAACACAUCCUCCAGCAACUUUAGCAGUAACAAAGAAUCGGAAUCUGAGAUUUUAAACUCGUCUUUGGAUCAUGCCCUAAGGACAGCAACCAUUUUGAAACAAACUACUGAUCAAAUGAUUAGAACUAUUGCAGAAGAUCUUGCCAAAGUACAAAGAUGGAGGAAAAAGCUGAAAUACUAG